AUAGCAUCUAUCACGACCUCGAGCACCGUGCAUCACCACUUUGUCUUUUGUUAAGAACCUAUCAUGGAGGGCUUUGGAGAUGAUGAAAUCGAGAGUAUUCUCUAUAUCGGUAGAGAAGUAUCUGUAUACAAGAUUCCGCCGCUGAAGGCGAACGAAGGUCAUCGGGCACAGGAAUGGGGCGACUUGGCAAACCCUUUGUGGAAGGGUCGCAUACGUAUUAUUGAGCGAUCGAGAGGAGUAGCACUCCAGUUCGAGGACGCAACGACCGGUGAACUCUUCGCGAAGGCGGACUACGACCCAGCGAAGCCAUGUGUUGAAGCUGUGCUUGACUCGUCUAGGUACUUUGUCGUGCGCGUUGAGGACGCGGGAAAGAGGGCGUAUAUCGGAAUGGGAUUCCUAGAACGUACAGAUAGUUUUGACUUCAACGUGGCAUUGCAAGAUUACACGAAGCGAUGGAAGAAUCGCAUGAACCCCACUGCUGAGGAAAAUACACCGUCACCUCAUAUUCCAGCCGGUCCAAAGAAGGACUAUACACUCAAAGAGGGACAAACAUUUUCCAUCGCUAUUCCGGGACGAGGAGGAAAGAGCAGCUUCAACAACAACGCAACCACAGCCCCCAACCCUACCAGCUUUGACCUUCUUGGAGGACUCUCCGGAACUGGGACUUCCACUUCUACUUCUACGGCAUCUAGCGGAGGUGGCUUCCCCUUGCUACCUCCUCCGCCUUCCAGCACGCCGCGCAGACGGUAGUCAGAGGUCAACGGCUUUCGGGUUGAAUACUUCUUGGUCUCCUAUCUCUUCGAUACCAUGUGGCUGAUUGUGUAAACUAAUAGACAGCUGGAUAUCUUACAAUUCGUACUGUUGUAAAACAAGAAAGUGUAUGUAAUAUAUUCGGUACGGAAGUUUAAGCCAUUCGCUAUAAAAUAGCUUAUUGGUGGUUCAAGGUGCAAGCG